AUGUCGAAUAAAACAGUAGUAAAGCCUAUUAAGAAUCCUCCAGUAUUUGAGCAUGAUGACAUGCGAAAACUUGUUAAUCUAGCUUUUUUCGAGGAUACUGUUUAUCUUUGUUACCAGAAAAUCUAUAAAUUAGUUCUUUCAGGAUUUAUUCGAAACGAAGACAGUGCAUUUUCAUGGAAUCAAGUUGCAGAUAUACCAUUUACACAACGAAGCGGACAAAAAAUGAUCUCGGUUCCUAAAGGAAUUGUGUUUUUUGGUGGCGAAGAUGAAGAUAAUAUUGUAUACAACGAUUUAUGGUUUUGGGAUGGUAAAAAUUGGGAUUACCUUGCAACAAAUGUUCCUCCUCUAAUCUCACCAGCGGCUUGUUAUGCAGGAGAUCAUCAAUUACUUAUUCAUGGUGGUCUUCGUGAAGAUAAAACAUUCAACAACGCCGAUUUUUAUUUUGUUGAUUUAGAAACAUCAGUUACAAAGCAAAUAUCUCUUAAUUUUCCAUUACAAUUACACUCACAUUCAAUCACUUUACUUUCUAAUGGUAAAUUCUUACUUUAUGGUGGCACCUCACCAGAAGGUGUUUCCAGUAAACUAUACAUAAUCGAUUUUGAAGCGAAAACUUUCGAAAGAAUCGAAUCACCCUACGAAAUUGCUACGACAGGACAUUAUACAGCCGAAAUAUAUACACUGCUAUUCUGCAUUGGAGGCUAUGAUGCACAGAAAAAGCCACAAAGUACAUGGUUAUUUAACUUCGACCAUAACAUUUGGUUUAAAUACAAACUAGAUGUUAAUUUCGAUGGUGUUUUUGUAUAUACAUCAGCACUUGUCGGAAACGGUGUCGCAUUUCAUUGUAUUUCUCGUAAUUACGAUACAUUUCUGACAUAUUCCAUUUCAAAGAACACUCCAUCAUGCAACAUCAAAGAUACACAAAGCUUCACAAAGUUUGUUUCUAACCAGCUUAAAUACUCUAUCCAAGAGUUCACAAUUCCAAGUCGAAAGAACACUAUCGACAACCGACUUGUAGAAAUCCGUGAUCAGUUCCUUAGUAAAGCGACAGAAUGCGGUGUUGGUCAAGAUGUCAUCGAAAACUCAAAAACAGUCUUUGAUGAUUUGGAUAAGUUGAACGAAGUCAAAUUCCGUAUCAUCAGUCUUAAAAGCAGCAUCAAGAACCAGCCUAAGAUUUCCAACCUUCGAAACGUCACUCCUUCACACUACGACCGCGACAAAUACGUUGAACUUCGCAAGUUCAUCGAACAAUCUAAGAUUGAGCGUAAAUCAGCACGUGACAAAGCCAUUUCUCUCAGCGAAAAGAUCGACCAUCUUUCAUUCUCUAACUACGUCGCUAACAUCAGGAACAGCCGUCCUCUUGACUGCACCAACGAAGAUGUCGACCGGAAACUCGCUAAAUCACAACAACUUGCACAGUUGAUUGCAUCUAUGCGGGAAGAGAAAGAGACACACCUUCGUCACCGCCAAGAAGAGUCACGUCAAGAGAUGGAGAGUGCACGUACAGAAGUUGUUCUUCUUGACCAGAUCGGUGCUAGCUGGGAAGAAGCAGACUGUCUUCGUAUGGCAGCCAAUGAAGCUAAAGAAGAAUGUCUUCGCAUUGUUGCCAAACUUAUUUUGUUGCGUAUCGAGAUUCUCAAUCAGAUUGUUGACUAUCCACUUUCCACUCGUCUUGAGUUAGUUGCACAACAGGAGACACCAUCCAAGUGUCUUUCAGUUAACAAGAUGAUCCAGAAGAAGCGAUCACUCAUCCGAAACUUGGACAAGAUGAUCAACGAACUUUUUGUCAAUUCACACAAGAGUGAUUCAGAGCGUAUCAGCGAACUUCAGUUAGCAGUUGAGAACAUCGGUGCAUGGGCAAGUGCAGCUAAAGAAGUUUGCACGGAAGUUAAGAAACCUAUUCCACAACUUGGAAAUGUUCCACGCGAAAACUUCGCAAUCGAGAAGAUCGACAUUUUCAUUUCAUCACUUGCAGACUGGGAAUACGAUUUCGAACUUAAAGAUUACACACCAUUCAUUGUACGACAACCCGAAACUCCCAAAUAA